GUUUCACCAUCUGGUAACACUGUCAAUAGCUUGCAUGUUAAAAACGCCGGAAACUAAUUUUUGGUUUUGUUUAUAAAUAUUGAUCCGAAAUGGCGGCAGGUCCCAUUGCUGAACGCAACCAAGAUGCCACCAUCUAUGCCGGCGGUCUGGAUGACAAGGUGUCGGAAACGCUGCUGUGGGAGCUAUUUGUGCAGGCAGGCCCAGUGGGUAAGUACCGAGCAUACCGAAUUCCUGCAAUCCUCUUAAUCACCUAUAUUCCAGUGAACGUACACAUGCCCAAGGAUCGGGUCACCCAAAUGCACCAGGGCUAUGGGUUUGUGGAGUUCCUUAGCGAGGAGGACGCCGACUAUGCCAUUAAGAUUAUGAAUAUGAUAAAGCUAUAUGGUAAACCCAUUCGGGUGAACAAGGCGUCAGCCCACCAGAAAAAUCUGGACGUUGGCGCCAAUAUCUUUAUCGGCAACCUGGACGUGGAGGUGGAUGAGAAACUGCUCUACGAUACAUUCUCCGCCUUCGGUGUUAUUCUGCAAACCCCAAAGAUUAUGAGGGAUCCGGAGACGGGCAAGUCGAAAAGCUUCGCCUUUAUUAACUUUGCCAGCUUUGAAGCCAGUGAUGCGGCCAUGGACGCCAUGAAUGGCCAAUACCUGUGCAACCGUCCCAUUUCUGUGUCCUAUGCCUUCAAGAAGGAUCACAAAGGCGAACGGCACGGCUCUGCAGCAGAGCGUCUGUUGGCUGCGCAAAAUCCUUCGGCUCAUGCAGACAGGCCGCAUCAACUGUUUGCCGAUGCGCCAGUGCAGAAUAUGAUGCCGCAGAUGACAGGCCAGAUGAUGCCACCGCCGAUGAUGGCUCCGCCGCCGCCUGUUGUACCCGUUUCGAAUAACAACAUGGGUAUGAUUGCACCGCCGCCUCCAGUGCCUCAGCCUGCGCCAUUCCCAGCCACGAUACCACCGCCACCGCUACCACCGAUGGCCGGUGGACAGCCACCUCUGCCACCAGCGAUGGGAAUACCUCCGCCGCCGCGAAUGAUGCAGCCAAACGCUUGGGCACCUCCUGGUAUGCCGGCGCCUCCUCCCAGACCACCUCCCACCAACUGGCGUCCGCCGCCUGUGCCGUUUGCGCCUGCUCCUUUUGCACGGCCCUACCAACCCGACGGCUACCAAUACUAGAUCUAGCGUGUAGUGUAUACCAAUUUGAACGCGACGAAAUAAAUUUUAAUAGGAUUUAUCAAUGAAAGAUGCUCUGGUAUAAGUUAAGACUACUUCGGUUCGUGCUCUUGGAAUUAUAAUGCAUUUAAUACACCCAAAAAUAUAACUUUGUAAACUAUUUCGAUAAAUAAUUAGUUCUACAGAAAACACCUUUUAGAACCUUUACAAUCAUUUCCAACUAUCAAGUUUAUAGCUAUGAUAUAAAUUAAGACUACUUCCUGGUCAUUUAACAAUUUAUUACACUUAAAAAAAUAUUUUCAUUCUUUUUUCUAGUUUGAAAAAUAUUUUAAAAGCUACAAAGUCACCAGCCUAGUUUGUAAUUUGUAUUACGUGAGAGAGCAAAUAAAUUUUAACACAAUUUAAAAAAAA